CAUGUCGCGGGGGCUGUGGACACUGCUGUCCCGGGCGGCCCGUGGGCUCUGCAGGCCGAGCGCGCGCCGGGGCAGCUGCGCCUCAGGCCCCGCCGCGGGAGCUACGAUCUUCGCGCUGAGCUCGGGCCAGGGCCGCUGCGGCGUGGCGGUGAUCCGCACCAGCGGCCCCGCCAGCGGCCUCGCCCUCCGCAGCCUCACGGCGCCCCGGGACCUGCCCCCGGCGCGCAGCGCGUCCCUGCGCCAGCUCAGCGACCCCAGCUCCGGGGAGCCUUUGGACCGCGCGCUAGUGCUCUGGUUUCCAGGUCCCCGGAGUUUCACCGGAGAGGACUGCGCCGAGUUCCACGUGCAUGGAGGCCCGGCCGUGGUAAGUGGCGUCCUGCAGGCUCUGGGUCGCGUGCCGGGGCUGCGGCCUGCAGAGGCGGGCGAGUUCACCAGGCGCGCCUUUGCCCACGGGAAGCUGAAUCUGACCGAGGUGGAGGGCCUGGCCGAUCUGAUCCACGCGGAGACCGAGGCGCAGAGGCGGCAGGCGCUGAGGCAGCUGGAUGGGGAGCUGGGUCACCUCUGCCGGGGCUGGGCUGAAACCCUCACCAAGGCUCUGGCCUAUGUGGAGGCCUAUAUCGAUUUUGGUGAGGAUGACAAUUUGGAGGAGGGCGUGCUGGAGCGAGCUGACGCCCAGGUCCGGGAGCUGCAGGAGGCGCUGGGCGCGCAUCUCCGGGAUGCCCGGCGCGGGCAAAGGCUGCGUUCAGGGGCGCACGUAGUAGUUGCGGGGCCCCCCAACGCUGGCAAGAGCAGCCUGGUGAACCUGCUUAGCAGGAAGCCUGUGUCCAUCGUGUCCCCGGAGCCAGGGACCACUCGCGAUGUGCUGGAGACCCCCGUGGACCUGGCUGGCUUUCCAGCCCUGCUGAGCGACACAGCAGGGCUGCGGGAAGGCGUGGGGCCUGUGGAACAGGAGGGCGUGCGGCGUGCCCGCCAGAGGCUAGAGCAGGCCGACCUCAUUCUGGCCGUGCUGGACGCCUCGGACCUGGCCUCGCCCUCGAGCUGCGACUUCCUGGACACGGUGGUUGGCCCUGUGAGGACACAGAGCACCAACGGGCAGGGCCCGAGACUCCUGCUGCUGCUGAACAAGUCGGACCUGCUCCAGCCCGGGCAACCAGGCCCUGGACGCGAGCUGCCCCCACACCUGCUGCUGUCCUGCCUCACCGGGCAGGGCCUGGACGGGCUCCUGGAUGCGCUGCGGAAGGAGCUGGCCACAGUGUGCGGGGACCCGGCCGCCGGCCCUCCGCUGCUGACUCGAGCCAGGCACCAGCACCACCUCCAGGCCUGCCUGGAUGCCCUCGGCCACUACUCAGGGGCCACAGAUCUGGCGCUGGCGGCCGAGGCCCUGCGGGUGGCUCGGGGACACUUGGCCCGUCUCACGGGGGGCGGGGGCACGGAGGAGAUCCUGGACGUCAUCUUCAGGGACUUCUGCGUGGGGAAGUGAGGGCGAGGGAGGACUCGGACCCGGACCACGGAUGCUGGAGCCUCCAGAGGAG